AUGGCGGAAGUGUUAGCGAGAUGGCUAAAGAUCGUAUUGGAUGUGUUGAUCGGUGACACUCAGUGUGUAUUCAUUGCGGGAAGACAAAUAACAGAUGGAAUACUGGCAGAAAAUGAGAUUAUUUACUCUAUGUUUGAGGUUAGUUCGGAGAGUGUGGUAGUUGUGCUGAUGCUAGACUUCUCUAAGGCAUAUGACUGCGUGAGGUGGGAAAUUCUAAUGAUGGUUUUGGAAAAGCUAGGAUUCAGUAGGUUGUCGAGAAGAUGGAUUUGGGCUUGUGUAUCCUCAGCUAGCAUCUCAGUGUUAGUUAACGGAUCCCCUACAACGGAGUUUCGAAUAAGGAGAGGGCUCUAG